UUUAAAUGGUCGUCGGGGAGCGCGCGCACCGCACUGUAGCACUGAGCACUGCCUCCGCCAUGAGGAACCUGCAGGCCUCCGUGCUGCUGCUGGCAGUGGCGGCCCUCGCGCCCUCUUGCGGCCGUGGCUGCCGAUGCGUCGUACCAGGGGUACCGACUGAUCCACGCGACGCCGCGCGACGCCGCUCAGACCGCGGCCGUCCAGGAGCUCUCGGCAUGGCGCGGCGUGGACAUGUGGAGCCGUGCGGCGGUGCUGGGCAGGGAGACGACCCUCAUGGUGUCGCCGUCAGCGCUGCGCCGCGUGCAGCACCACCUGGAGGCGCACCUCGUGCCGCAUGCCGUCGGGGAGCACGACGUGCAGAGCUUGGUGGACAAGGAGGCCCAGGAGCAGGUGCAGGCCCGAGCGCGGCUCAUGUCCACCAAGUCCCUGCAGUCCAACGCCACCUUCGACACGUACAUGCGUUACGAUGAGAUCCAGGCCUACCUGAAGCAGCUGGAGGCGGACUACCCGAACCUGGUGCAGCUGCAGAGCAUCGGCAAGAGCUACGAGGGCCGCGACAUGACCGUCAUCCGGGUCUCCCUGAACGGCGGCCAGUCGCCGAGGGCUGUCCUGGUGGACGCCGGCAUCCACGCGCGGGAGUGGAUCGCACCCGCCACCGCCGUGUACCUCAUCAACCAGCUCGUGGAGCACACCGCCGCGCACCGCAACCUGCUGGACGGCAUGGACUGGUACAUCCUGCCCCUCGUCAACCCCGACGGCUACGAGUACUCGCAGACCAAGGACCGAUUCUGGCGCAAGAACCGCGGCGCGCCGCGCGACUCCUGGCUGGCCUGGUUCUGGAACAUGCUCUGCGAACGCGGCGCCGACGUGAACCGCAACUUCGGCUUCCACUGGAUGGAGGCCGGUGCCAGCACCUACCCCUGCGCCGAGACCUUCGCGGGCUCCAAGGCCUUCUCGGAGGUCGAGUCCCAGAACCUCCGCGACUUCGUGCUGGCGCAGAACGCCGACGGCCGCUUCAAGAUGUACCUCACGCUGCACAGCUACGGCCCCAUGAUCCUGUACCCGUACGGAUACGACUACAGGGUGACGCCCGCGCCUGACACCCAGGAACUGAAAUCCAUCGCCGAGGAAGCGAACGCGGCCAUGGUCGCCGCCGGUUCCGUCCCCUUCACCGUCGAGAACAGCGCCGAACUUUACCCUGCAGCGGGGGGUAGCGACGACUGGGCCAAGGGCGUCGGGGGUAUCGCCAAGUCCUACACCAUCGAGCUGCACGGCGGCGGCCGCAACGGCUUCGACCUGCCCGCCUCCCAGAUCUGGGACUCGGUCACGCAGACCUUCGAGGGCCUCAAGGUGUUCGGCGUGCGCGCCAAGAGCCUGUAGUCCUUCUUCCAGGACCGUGAAGAUUCCGAGGGAAUAAACAUGACGCGAGGAA